AUGUCGACCGCGCAGCGACCACCGUACACUUUGACAUCGCUGAAGCGGUGGUCAGUUACCGACAAACAACUACCUGCUGUGUCUCAAAUCAAGACCAUUCAUGUUUACGAUUUCGACAAUACUCGUGAGUCUUCUUGUCGCCUGUCCAGAAAAAAAAAAUUAUAUUUACUGAAUAUCGCUGCAGUCUUUUACUCCCCGCUCCCCAAUCAUCAGCUAUGGAACGGACAAACAAUCGGUUUCCUGCAAGCUGAACAAGGCUUCGCGAAUGGCGGCUGGUGGCAUGAUCCCAACAUCCUGUCCGCCACUGGAAAGGGCAUGGAUAUCGAGGAGGCACGUGGAUGGCAAGGGUGGUGGAAUGAGAAUAUCGUGCGACUGAUCUAUUCCUUUCUUUUGAAUUUUCUUGUUUUUGCUAACUUCUAUCAGCUCCGUCUUGUCAAACUUAGCCUCGAACAAAAGGAUGCGCUUACAGUCCUCUUGACUGGUAGGCGAGAGGACCGCUUCGCCGAAAUUAUCAUGAGAAUAGUUGCAAGUCAGAACCUCCAUUUCGAUAUGAUCGGGCUCAAGCCCGUUGUUGGACCGAGUGGGGAACAAUUUUCUUCCACAGCAGUCUUCAAGGAAAAGUUUCUGGAAGAUCUCAUCCUUACUUAUGACCAAGCUGAUGACAUUCGGGUGUACGAGGAUCGCCCAAAGCACGCGACUGGAUUCCGUGAAUAUUUCGAAAGCAUGAACACGCUGUUCCAGACCAACCGAUCUUACAGAAAACCUCUCAAUGCAGAGGUCAUCAAUGUGCUUGAAGGGACAAAGUGCCUUGAUCCAACCACCGAAGUUGCUGAGGUGCAGCACAUGGUCAAUUUACACAACCACGGCCUGCGCAAUCCCGGCCAGCAAACAUCCAAGAAGUCUAACGCAUUGCUCCGCAUCAAGAAAUCUGUACUCUACACAGGCUAUCUGAUCUCCAAGGAUGAUCAAUCUCGAUUGCUCUCUGAGGUUCUAAACAAAAUCCUACCACCUGGACUUGCAGACUCGAGGGAGCUAAAGUGCACGGCUAAUAACAUCAUGGUCGCCCCACGCCAGGCGUCCAAGCAGCUCCUCAAAUCAAUCGGCGGAUUGGGCAGAAAACUUAAAUGGCAGGUUACUGGCACAGCCAACUUUGAGAAUGCGGUCUUCGCCGCACGAGUGCGACCUGUUUUGCCCAGUGCGCCAUAUCAUUCUGAGAAUUCCAUCCCCCUGGUUGUCUUGGCGGUUCGCAAGCCCAAGCGUCCUGUUGAUGCCAGACUGAUCCAAAAUUGGCACCCUGUUCCAGCUGAACAGGCUUUGACAUUCGAGACAGAACUUGGGUUCAAAGAGAUCCUCUCAGUGGAGGAGUCUGUUCGAGACCGGGGUGUCCACUCAGGCCCAUGGCAAACCGGCAAGAAACGGUCUCGUCAGCAAUAUGAUGAAGGUGCCACUUAUUCUGGACGCGGUCAAUAUCCUGGCUAUGAUACUUACCCGCAAGACCAAUUCUAUGGACAUCAUUCAAGUCAUCAUCAUCAUCAUCAUCAAGACGAUGGUCCUCGUCGCGGUGCCCCCGCGUGGCCGUGGCCGUGGUAA